CAAACAUCCAAUCACAUAUUUUUUUUCUUUACGAAGGGAAAGUUUCUAUACUUGGGUCUGCAAAACCCAGAUCUUGUUUUCUCAGCAGCAAAAGAUGGGAACUUCUGGCGAAGGCUCUGAGCUCCAUUUCUUUCUCUUCCCUUUCAUGGCUCAUGGCCACAUGAUACCAACUCUUGACAUGGCCAAGCUCUUCGCCACCAAAGGUGCUAAAUCCACAAUCCUCACUACACCUCUAAACUCCAAUCUCUUCGAGAAACCCAUCAAAUCAUUCAACAACGAGAACCCCAAACUCCAAGAUAUCUCCAUCCAGAUCCUCAGUUUCCCUUGCACAGAGCUCGGUUUGCCCCGAGGAUGCGAGAACACCGAUUUCAUCUUCUCUAGCCCUGACCUAGGCAGAGGUAACUUGAAUCAAAAGUUUUUACUCGCAAUGACUUAUUUCAAAGAGCAAUUAGAGCAGCUCAUCGAGACAGUGAAACCAGACUGUCUCGUCGCCAAUAUGUUCUUUCCUUGGGCGAGUAAAGUCGCUGAGAAGUUUGGUGUACCGAGCCUUGUGUUCCACGGCACAGGAUACUUCUCUUUAUGUGCUUCUCAUUGCUUAAGGCUUCACAAGCCUUACAAGAAAGCAGCCUCGAGUUGUGAGCCCUUUGUGAUUCCUGAUCUCCCAGGAAACAUUGUGAUCAUAGAGGAGCAGGUCAUAGAGAAAGAAGAAGAGUCUGUGAUGGGGAAGUUUAUGAAGGAAAUAAGAGACUCAGAGACAAAUAGCUUUGGUGUGUUGGUGAACAGUUUCUACGAGCUUGAACCUGCUUAUUCCGAUUUUUUCAAGAGUUUUGUGGCGAAAAGGGCUUGGGACAUAGGUCCUCUUUCUCUAGGGAACAGAGAGUUCAAGGAGAAAGCAGAGAGGGGUAAAAAAGCGAGCAUCGAUGAGCAUGAAUGUUUGAAAUGGCUCGAUUCCAAGAGAUGUGAUUCAGUGAUUUACUUGUCAUUUGGAACCAUGUCGAGUUUCAACGACGAGCAGCUGAUAGAGAUUGCAGCUGGUUUAGAAAUGUCAGGACAUGAUUUUGUCUGGGUGGUUAACAAAAAUUGCAGCCAAGGGGAGAAGGAAGAGUGGUUACCAGAAGGGCUUGAAGAGAGGACGAAAGGAAAAGGAUUGAUAAUACGAGGGUGGGCACCGCAAGUGCUGAUACUUGACCACCAAGCAAUUGGCGCAUUUUUGACGCAUUGCGGUUGGAACUCGCUCCUAGAAGGCGUGGCAUCGGGCCUGCCAAUGGUGACGUGGCCCGUGGGAGCCGAGCAGUUCUACAACGAGAAAUUGGUGACACAAGUGUUGAAAACAGGAGUGAGUGUUGGAGUGAAGAAGAUGAUCCAAGUUGUUGGCGAUUUCAUUAGCAGAGAGAAAGUGGAGAAAGCGGUAAGGGAAGUGAUGGUUGGAGAGGAGAGGAGGAAACGAGCCAAGGAGUUAGCGGUUAUGGCGAAAGAUGCGGUGAAAGAAGGAGGAUCUUCAGAUAUUGAGUUGGAUAGGUUGAUGGAAGAGCUUAAGUUGGUGAAAUUGCAAAAUGAAAAGGAGCAAGGAAGUUGAAUGUAUUGCAAGUUAUAGGAACAAUGUUUUUAUUAUUGUUGCUGGUCUUGAGUUACGUUCUUGAAUCACAUCAAUUGCUUUAUUGUUCUCUUGACUGGUGAUUCUAUAUAUGUCACACAUGUUUUGCUUAAUUUGAAAGAGUUUUAGAAGUAUUUGUGACCUACUUUUGUUAUGUGAAAAGAUUGAGUAUAAAAACUGAAUUUGUGCUUGAGU